UGCAAAGUGAAGGGAAGGAGAGAACUAAAAAGAACAAAAUAAGUAAUAAGCAAAGACAAGUUCAAUCCCUUUGGGUCCCCGAGUGUUCUUGGGUCGUGUUCCCAAAUACCAUCACACACACACUUUCUUUUCUUUCUUUCUACUCCUUGGGAUGUCCGCAACCAUCUCUCUCUCUCUCUCUCUCCCCCUCUCUCUCUCUCUCUACUGUAUCCCAUUUUUUUGAAACUUUUGUUAUUUAUCCUGUAUAUAUACCCCACUCAUGCAACAUCUUCCAUUACACCCUUAUUUCAUUUGCCACAUCUCUAUCUGUUUCUCUAUUUCUCUUUCUCUCUCUUUCUCUAAAGAAAGCAACUUCAUCUUAGCCUAUAUCUAAAAUGGAAGAGCUAGAUUAUCAAACAAAACCAACCUCUACCACCACACGCUUAAAACUAUUUGGUUUUAGUGUUUCAGAAGAUGAAGAACUUACCGCUGACUCAAUCAAGACUUGUUCUUCUAAUUCUCCAGAUACAACAGUAGCUGUUUCUUCUGCUUCUGCUGCUAAUUCUUCAGGUGAUAGUAGAAAGUACGAGUGUCAAUACUGUUGCAGAGAAUUCGCAAAUUCACAAGCACUUGGUGGGCAUCAAAACGCACAUAAGAAAGAAAGACAGCAACUCAAACGAGCUCAAAUGCAAGCAACUCGAAACGCUGCUGCAGCUGCAGUUUCUUUCGGUAGAAAUCCUAUGAUCUCCGCCUUUGCUCCGCCGCCUCAUCUUUUAGCUCCGACUGGUCCGGUUGUCGUCCCGGCGGCAGCGCCUUCUUGGGUUUACUUGCCGAGGCCGGCAGCUCCUUUUGUCUCCCAUGGAUGUGUAUUUCCUAGUGUAGGUGGCGGUGGUGGUGUCGGUGUCGGCUGCGGUGUUAGUGGUGGCGGUGGUGGGGGUAGUGGGUUUAGUGGGAGAGGCGUAGUUGGGUUGCCAUAUAGUGGCGGGGUAGGGGAUAUCAGUUUUUCUGGGCUGCCACAAGUACAGAGCAGGCCGCAUAGUGGGCGGGUAGAUGGAACGACGUCGUUGAGUAGGUUUUCGAAAGGGGAUGGUGGCCCUACUUUUGAUGAAGCAUUGGGCUUGGACUUACAUCUUAGUCUUGCUCCAGCUGGGCCUUGAGUUGACUUGGGAUUUUUUUUCUUUUUUCAAGUCGGAUCUUCUGUACAUUAUUUCACAUUUUAUUUAUUUAUUUAUUUUCCUUUGGAAGUGUUUAUUUAUUUCACUCACUCGGGAUUUUUAGAAUUGACUAUUUCUCCCUUUUUCUAACUAAAUUUAAUUAAUUAUAUGUACAUAUUAUCAGGUAAGUUAAUCUUAAUUAAGGAGGUUUUUGAUUCAA